AUGCGGUUGCUAUGGAUUCGUUUCGUCUGCUAGAAUAAUGGUUGACUUUGAUAGUGUCGAAUCUGUCGAAAUCAAUUUACUGUCAAACUCAAACAACCAGCAAAAGAAUAUAGAUGAUUGCAUGAGGGUUGUCUUUUGCAAGAUCUUUUGGGUAUUAUUGUGAGACGUGUAGUUUGAUCUAUUUAUCGGAACGAAAAUGAAAUUCGCCGAGCAUUUGACAGCUCAUAUUACUCCAGAAUGGAGAAAACAGUACAUUCACUAUGAGGAUAUGAAACAGAUUCUCUAUCAGGCUAUGGAACAAGCUCCAUCAGCCGAAGUUGUGGAGCCUGAAGUUAUUGCAAGAUAUUAUGCAAAAUUUGAUGAACAGUUCUUUACAUAUUGUGACAAGGAAUUAGCCAUGAUAAACACCUUCUAUUCUGAAAAAUUUGCUGAGGCAACCAGGAAAUAUGCAGCCCUUAAGAGUGAACUAGCAGUUUCCAAAAAUAACAAUGGACAGGGUGGAGAAAAAGCCAAUAAAUUGGGAAGAACACUGAGGCGUAGCAACAAACAACCAGUCAUGAAAAUAUCAGACCUUAAGCUGGCCUUCAGUGAAUUCUACCUCAGCUUGAUUCUUCUUCAAAACUAUCAGAAUUUGAAUUUCACUGGGUUUCGCAAAAUCCUCAAAAAACAUGAUAAACUUAUUCAGACUAGUGCCGGAGCAAAAUGGCGAACGGAACAUGUAGAACAAGCACACUUUUAUACGAACAAGGACAUAGACAAACUUUUGAGCGAAACAGAAGCUACUGUUACCCACGAACUUGAGGGUGGUGAUCGUCAAAAAGCCAUGAAACGUUUGCGAGUACCUCCUCUAGGGGAAAGAAAGUCGGAUCUGACUACAUUGAAGGUUGGAUUCUUCACGGGCGCUUUUGUUUGCCUGUUCGUCACAAUGGUUGUUUCAGGUAUGCUUAUUAAUGUGUCAAACUCGCUCGGAAUUUUCAUUACGUGGAUUUUAAUUCUUCAUUUAGCUAUUUUUCACAAUAGCCAGGAGAACAAUUGGCGGAUUAUAGUUCGAUUGUAUCGUGGACCGAUGCUAAUUGCUUUGUUUCUUUUUUUCAUGGGGCUCAAUGUCCAGGGAUGGCGUAAAUCAGGCGUAAAUCACGUUCUGAUUUUCGAAUUGGAUCCGCGCCACCACUUGACAGAGCAACAUUUACUUGAACUUGCCUCUGUUCUGGGUGUCCUAUGGACCCUCUCCGUAUUAGCCUUCCUUUAUAGCAAAUUCCUCGGCAUUCCGCCCUAUGUCAAUCCGCUGGCGCUUGCGGUUAUCAUGGUCCUUUUCUUGCUGAAUCCUACAAGAACAUUUGUUCACGAAGCACGCUUCUGGUUUCUUCGUAAACUGGGCAGAGCUCUCUGUGCGCCAUUCUUUUUUGUCGGCUUUGCCGAUUUCUGGCUGGCAGAUCAACUAAACAGUCUUGUGCCAGUGCUACUAGAUUUUCAGUAUAUGAUCUGCUUCUACGCCACCAACGAAGGCAACUGGUACACAGCCACAGAUUACAACAAGUGCGUUGACAAGACAUGGUUUAUACGUCCAGUUGUUGCCUGCUUGCCAGCCUAUCUACGAUUCGCUCAAUGUUUACGCCGAUAUCGUGAUACUAAAGAAAAAUUUCCCCAUCUGGCUAACGCCGGGAAGUAUACCACAACCUUCUUCGUUGUCAUAUUCUCAACACUCUAUCACACAUACGAAGCCGAUGGUGUCGACAAAAACUCGAAUUAUCCAUUCUUCUAUACGUGGAUAGUCUUCUCAUUCAUUAGUUCCAUCUACGCCUACAUAUGGGACAUGAAGAUGGAUUGGGGUCUCUUCGAUAGCAAUGCUGGUGACAACACCUUACUGAGAGAGGAAAUUGUCUAUUCGCAUGUGGCGUACUAUUACUUUGGCAUCAUUGAAGAUUUUGUGCUGCGCUUCGGUUGGGCGUUCUCUCUUUCGUUAACCGAAAUGGGCUAUAUCCACGGUGAUUUGAUGCUAUCCAUUUUAGCUCCACUGGAAGUAUUUCGGCGCUUCGUUUGGAACUUUUUUCGACUGGAGAACGAACAUUUAAACAACUGCGGUAAAUUUCGAGCCGUACGAGAUAUCUCGAUCGCCCCAAUGGAUGCAUCCGAUCAGGCCGCCAUCCUCAAGAUGAUGGACGAGCCAGAUGGAGUUGUGAAUCGUAGGGUACGUAAGAAAACAGUUGGCAGUCAACCGGCGGCCGGAGGUUCAUCCAUCACCCAAAAAGACACCGUAGUACGUUUUCAGAACAUAAAAAUUUCGUCAGCCGCAGAAUCCAUAGGCGAAGAAUCCGGGACAGAGAGAGGUUAAUAUCUCUCAGCCGAAUUUAAAUUGUAUAGUCGCGGCGAAAGAAGUGUCAUAAACAGUAUACCCCAA